CUUGAAUGAGGGAAAUGUCCGCAUCCUUCUCUCCGAUGCCAGUCAGCGGCGGCGUAUUCGUUUUCAGUCAGCCUCGAUUUCAUCACGCUCAUUCUACCGUAGUUUCACAUGCCUGCGUCCUGUUGUGCAUAUGGUUGCAAGGGGAGGGCGGCGAAAGAUGGCCUAGAUCAUACGGUCACAUUUCAUCACAUUCCUAAGGAUCCAAUCAGGCAAAAGAAAUGGGUCUUGGCAAUGCGCUGGAUCAACUUCAAGCCAGGCAAAUUUAGUUUCAUCUGCUCAAGGCAUUUCGAGGAGCACUGCUUCGAUCGAACCGGCCAGACGGUUCGCCUCCGUGAUUAUGCCAUCCCAUCCAUAUUCAAUUUCCCACCCCACCUUCAGAAAAAUGAUCUUAGACUGUGGGACAAGAAUUUCAAAGAAGAGGAGAAUUCUAUCUUCAUGCACAAGAAGAAACGAACGACACGGACAUCGCAGGCGGCCACGCUUCAGAACGUGCCAGUGAAUGACACUGCAGUUGCACCUGGUGCAACGAGUCUCAUCCAGCAAGAGGGGAAGAAGUCUCCCAAGGACCAUACGUAUCACGUGAGCGAAGAAGCCAAGGAUCUGAAGAGGAGGUUAGAUGACCUCACGGAGGCCUUGGUUGCCGCAAAGAAGAGGAUCGUCUUGUUGAGCGGUAAAGCGGCCCGACUGAGCCGGAGCAAUGCCUACCUCAAGAACCUCAUUAAGGAUCUCAGGAAAGAAGAAAGGCCCAGCAAUGGGGAAAAGAUUAUCUGA